GAGAGCGAGGUGGGGUUUUCAGUCAGAAUGCCAACCUUGUGAAACACCAGAGGACUCACACAGGAGGCAAACCAUAUGAGUGUUCAGAUUGUGCAAAAAGUUUCAGUCAGAUUUCCCACCUUGUGGUCCACCAGAGGACUCACACGGGAGAAAAACCAUAUGAAUGUCCAGAGUGUGGGAAAAGUUUCAGUGAGAAUUCAAGCCUUGGGAAACACCAGAGGACUCACACGGGAGACAAACCGUAUGAGUGUUCAGAAUGUGGGAAAUGUUUCAGUCAGAAUUCCAGCCUUGUGAAACACCAGAGGACUCACACAGGAGACAAACCAUAUGAGUGUUCAGAUUGUGCGAAAAGUUUCAGUGAUAAUUCAAGCCUUGUGAAACACCAGAGGACUCACACAGGAGAGAAACCUUUUGAAUGUCCAGAGUGUGGGAAAAGUUUCAGUGAGAAUUCAAGCCUUGUGAAACACCAGAGGACUCACACAGGAGAGAAACCUUUUGAAUGUCCAGAGUGUGGGAAAAGUUUCAGUGAGAAUUCAAGCCUUGUGAAACACCAGAGGACUCACACAGGAGAGAAACCUUUUGAAUGUCCAGAGUGUGGGAAAAGUUUCAAUUGUGCGAAAAGUUUCAGGCAGAUUUCCGACCUUGUGGUCCACCAGAGGACUCACACGGGAGAAAAACCAUAUGAAUGUCCAGAGUGUGGAAAAAGUUUCAGUGAUAAUUCAAGCCUUGUGAAACACCAGAGGACUCACACAGGAGAGAAACCUUUUGAAUGUCCAGAGUGUGGGAAAAGUUUCAGUGAUAAUUCCACUCUUCUGAAACACCAGAGGACUCACACGGGAGACAAACCGUAUGAGUGUUCAGAAUGUGGGAAAUGUUUCAGUCAGAAUUCCAGCCUUGUGAAACACCAGAGGACUCACACAGGAGACAAACCAUAUGAGUGUUCAGAUUGUGCGAAAAGUUUCAGACAGAUUUCCCACCUUGUGGUCCACCAGAGGACUCACACAGGAGAAAAACCAUAUGAAUGUCCAGAGUGUGGGAAAAGUUUCAGUAAUGAUUCCAGUCUUGUGAAACACCAGAGGACUCACACAGGAGACAAGCCAUAUGAAUGUCCAGAAUGUGGGAAAUGUUUCAAUCAGAAUUGCAACCUCAUGAUGCACCAAAGUAUUCACACAGGAGAAAAACCGCAGAUUUCCCACCUUGUGGUCCACCAGAGGACUCACACGGGAGAAAAACCGUAUGAGUGUCCAGAAUGCGGGAAAUGUUUCAGUCAGAAUUCCAAUCUU